UCAUAGGGAAACAGUAAUUGAUGACCAGUGAUCAAAUUAUACGUGAUUUCAAUUUAUUUAAAUUAAUAUAUGAAGAUGCAAUCAAUUCUUAUGCAGGUAAGUGUUACUCCUCCACAGGCAGAAACAAACCAACAAUCUCUAAACAGAACAAUCCCCAGUUGUGAUGUUGCUAAAACUGAGAUGCAGAGAUUGGCUACUUUUGCAGAUGUCAGGAAUGGGCACUACAGACGAUUUUCUACUAUAAGGCUAGCAGGAAGUGGAUGUACCUACAAUGCCAGUGAAGGAUUUAUUGAGUGUUGCUUCUGCUCCAAAAUUACACCUAUUCACAAUGCACCAAGCAUACAAUGUCUUGAGAAUACCAUACUAUUUCAUGUGCCCUCCUGCUUGAGUGCAAAAGUGUACAUUGCUAGAAAGAAGAGAGAAGACCAUGGUGUCAAACAAAAUAUCCGUCAUCUAAGAAGAUUUGUUAGGCAUGUGCUUCCGGAAUGAGAUAAACAUUUGAUAGUCUGCUCAAUUAUGCGAAUUCAACAGCAAGGAA